CGCCGCAGCGUUCGCCUCUGACUGCCUCUUCUUCAGACCGAGAACCCUUCUCUCCAACUCCCGAAGCACCUGGCGCACCUUCUUGUUUCCCGGAUCCCACAGGUAGCCCAUGCUCCCGCUCAGAUCCAGAGGGCCCAUCUGGAUCACGUCGACCCGCUCGACGGCGGCGAUCGCCUCUAUCUCCGACACGGCGUCCACCGACUCCACCUGGGACAUCACCAACAGCUCCUCCACGCAGCGGGCUAGGUACCCGUCCUCGAGGCCGUAAGCGGAGGCGCGGACGACGGUGUCGGCGGAGCCGCGCACGCCGCGCGGUGGGAAGCGGCAGCAGGAGACGGCGUGCGAGGUAGCACGAGACGUCGUCGAACAGGUGGAAGCGACGGCCUCCGGGAAGGAGCGGUGAUGGCAGUGAGCAUUUGGUCGGAUCGGAGAGAAAGGGUGGUCGAAUGAGCGCUUUGAAUUUGGGGGCCGAGGAGGGGAGACUUAGCGGCGGUAGCCAGCGCCAUGGUUGUUAGAGAAGCCGCCAUCGUUCUGCCCUUCCCCUCUCCACAGCGGUGGCGGCGAGCUUUAUGUGGUUGGAUAAUGACUUCCCGUCUCUAGGGCAUGACUCUGGACCCCGCAUUGGCUCCCUCGUCGUAUCGAACCAUGAAUCGGGUAAUGUAUUGGGUCCGGGAUGAUUCAAUUGAUAAACAUAACCCUAUUUCUACGGUAUCCUCAAACCGGAGCAGCUAGGCUACGGAUUAUAAUGUCGUCGCUUCCGCCGCCCAUCGCCAUAGCUCCACCGCUCCACUCCGUGCCCUCCUCGCUUCUCGGUCAGAGACUACUGAUCUACGCGCUGACCCAAAGGGAACUGGAUCUAGGCCGGACGAGAUAGUAUCCGGCAUGGUGGAGAAAUUGCUGCAGAGGGAAGAGAACAAAGCGCUUCUGGACGGGCUGGAGAAGGCCUCCGCCAGAGUGGACCGGGCGAGGGAGGCGCUUGCUGAUAUCGAGCGCCAGGAAGUGGAGGCCUUGAGGGCUAAGGAGUACGUGCGGCAACUACGGAGCCGCGAGGCCGAGAUUGCAGAAUCGCAAAGGGAAUUGUUAGAAGCUAGGGGAAAGGUAGAAGAAGCUCAAAGGUCUUUGUCAGCAAAUCUAAAUGAGAACGAUAACAUUUAUGGGUCCUCUGAAGAUAUUGAUAAAGAUAGAGAGAGAUUAGAAUCAGCAAAGGCUGCUCUAAUUUCUGCUGUGACCGGCACACUUACUAGUAUCCCUAUUUCUCUGUAUCAAGCUACAAGCUAUCCUGAACUUAUCACUCAUCUGGCUGUUGUUUCUAUUAGCUGUGCUUUAUUUGGAGUUACUUUCCGUUAUACAGUAAGAGGUGACUUGGAUAAUUUUCAACUCAAAACCGGGGCAUGCGCAGCCUUCGGUGUCAUUAAGGGUCUCUCAGAGGUAGAAACUGUAAAGACAUUCGAAUUAGAUACUCAAAGCCUUAUCUCAUUUUCAAUCGAUGGAGCACUUCAUGUGUCUGAGAAUAUCUUCACAUUCCUCGCUGCUGCUGUUGCGCUUGAUUUCUGCUUUAAGAUGGCAAUUUUGAAACCAUUUCUGCUGAGGAAAUAGAACGAUGAUCCAUAAUUUAAUCGAGACAUGUUUCAAUUCGGUCUCUACGAGUACUUAAUGUAUCUAUCAGCAGCCAUCCUUCAUUUUAAACACUUAUUUACUCUGCCAUUCACUCUCCUGUGUGCAGUAGUUCGAGCAAUUGGGGAGCUAUCAACAAGCCGGUUGCGGAGUUGCUACAAGGAACUUGUUGAAUGAAGAUUUGAAGCUCUUCGACUCCAUGUGUACCAUGCUUUUGUCUUAAAAUUGGUCAGCUUUCUGUAUGUUUGACUUUUACCGAAGAGAACUUAAGUGAACUAACCAAUUGAUACUUGGACUCUUUAUCGUGCCCAUGCCUGACUUCGACACUCCAAGUGGACAUCGACAACCCAAAUUAGUUUAAAGCCGAUGAUUAUACAUAUGGUAGGUUUUUCAGUUUAAUCUUAUUUAAUCACAUUGGUAGCGUUAUUAAAAGAUUAUAAGUUAUGAAGUCGAUAUGUAAUUGUAGAAAAUCCAAACCUAAUGAUUGAGUUUGUUGAUGGUGUG